CGUUUCUAAAGGGGCCAUGUUCAGAUAAAUGAGUUGAAUGCUGUCCUUCUUCGACCGCCAUAGCUUUUGGAAUCUGUUUCUUUUCCAUUAUCAUUGGUUUAUUGCAACAAAAAAAAAUAAAACUUUAACGAUGGCAAAUGAAGCCAGACCAUGCCCGUGUGACAUUGGGGACAGGAUGGAAUAUGGCAGUCUUGGCGAGGAGGUUCAGAUUGAGCAUGUUAAAGCUUAUCUGGUGAAACCAAAAGCACCAACAGACAAAGCCCUUAUAGUAAUUCAAGACAUUUAUGGAUGGCAGCUACCCAAUACUCGAUACAUGGCUGACAUGCUCGCAUCAAAUGGAUACGUUGCUGUUUGCCCAGACUUUUUUCUUGGAAAGGAGCCAUGGUGUGCUUCAAGUGACUGGUCAACAUUUCAACAGUGGCUUGAGGAUAAAAAACCCACCAACGUCAACAAGGAGGUGGAUGUGGUUUUGAAAUACCUCAAGGAAGAAAUCGGAGCCAAAAGCAUUGGAGUGGUUGGGUUCUGUUGGGGUGGAGUUGCCACACACUAUAUAUCCCUCCAAUAUCCUGAAAUUAAGGCUGGAGUUUCAGUCUACGGGAUUGUCCGAGAGCGAGAAGAUCGUUAUGAACUACAAAGUCCAACUCUCUUCAUCUUUGCUGAAAAAGACACAGUGAUACCACUUGACCAGGUGACAACCCUUGAGGCAAACCUGAAGGAUAAAUGCACCGUUGACUUCGAAGUGAAGAUUUUUCCCAAUCAGACUCACGGAUUUGUGCAUCGUAAACGAGAAGAGGUCAAUCCAGAGGAUAAACCGUACAUCCUGGAGGCCCGGCAGGACAUGAUUAACUGGCUAAAGAAAUACAUCUAGUAUUAAUCGGUUACAAAUAAAUCAAGUUUAAAUUA